CCGCACCGAGGGCGGACACCGAGCCCGAGCCCGGGCGGCUGCCGGCGUCCCUGCUGCCCUCCCGCCGCUGGGCGACUCGGGAUCCCCCUGCCCUCGCCUCCGGGAGAGAAGUUUCUCUGAACUCCAGCUCACCCUUCAGCAUUUAAAGGUUUUGAGACUUUGUUGAACUGCCCUACAACACCACUGCAUGACAAGAUACUGUGAACAAGGACACUGAACCCAAAGAUCCGUAUUCCAUUCCGAGAAAGAUUAUGGCUGAACCAGACUACAUAGAUGAUGACAAUCCUGAAUUAAUUAGACCUCAGAAAUUAAUUAAUCCUGUGAAGUCAUCCCGGAAUCAUCAAGAUCUCCAUAGAGAGCUCCUUAUGAAUCAGAAAAGGGGUCUUGCACCUCAGAACAAGCCAGAGCUACAGAAAGUGAUGGAGAAAAGGAAACGAGAUCAAGUUAUUAAACAACAAAAAGAAGAGGAAGCACAAAAGAAGAAAUCAGACCUGGAAAUAGAGCUACUGAAACGGCAGCAGAAACUGGAGCAGCUGGAACUGGAGCAACAGAAGAUGCAGGAAGAGCAGGAAAACGCUCCUGAAUUUGUCAAAGUCAAGGGCAACUUGAGGAGGACGGUCCAGGAAGGAACAGAAGCACCAGAGUCCUAGAGCCAGCGCUUGCUAAGACUUCCAGCUUUCCUGCGGAAAGAGGCUUUUGCAAGUUGUCUCAGAUUUGCCCUUCAAGAGGGAAAAUCACAGCGUCCAGCUGACACUUACUGAAGAUGAGAUUUUUAAUUCCUGGGACAUGUGGAUUAAAAAGACUGUACUUUAAAUGGAUCGACUUGCCAAAUGCAUUUCUGAGAUCAAUGGAUAAAGAGUCUGUUUGUCAGUUCAGUGUCAUGGACCAGUCUGAUGUGCUUACUCAGAGAUUUUAACCAGGGAUACUAGAGAAACUCCUUCAGUGUUGCACUGCUUUAUCUCUUGUGAUCCUAGUUUAGUGAAGAUACAUAGAUUAUGUUUUGCUUUAAAACUCAACAAAAAUCUUCCUGUGAUAUCUUAUGAAGCUUUGCUGUGCAGGUAAAUUUCCUCCAACUAAACCUACAGCCUGUAUAUAACCAACAAUAAUUUGUGCUUGUAGGAAUUUUUACCAAGUCUGUGAGGAAACAAGGUAUGUCAAGCACUGCUGCCCGUCCCCACUGGGAUAGGCAGGUGUGGGCAAACUGAGAAUGCUUAAAAUCCACCAGCAGUGAACAGUUAAGCAGCCUUAAAGCCCAUUUCUCCUGUUUGGCAUGUAGAAUUUGGGCUAAGAAAGAGUAAAAAUCUGAUGAUCCUCUCACCAAGGAGAAUCCAGAAGCUGUAUUAUCUCUGUCUCUAAACUUCUGCCUUCCACCGUUGCGUGCAGGUGUGUGCAGUGCUACCUGUGAAUUUACCUCUUGCAUCUCAAUGCAAAAUGAGAUGUCU